CCGCGGCCCUCCGGAAGAUGCACCCUGGGAGAGCGCUCGCCUUCGCUGGCGCGCACGGCUGGGGGCCGGAGCCCGGAGUCUCCUCCUCUUUCGGCCUCGGACUCCGCCCCGAAAGCUGGCGACGGCGAGUUGGGUUCGCGAAACGACGAGGUUGAACCGGGCAGGAGGAGGUGGCUGUGGUGGCGGGCGGACGGGUUCCUUCGCUUUCCUCUCUGCAGCCGGGGCGAUUGGUUUCCAUCGGCUCCGAAGCGGGGAGGCUGCUCUGAGGAAAGGGUAGCAAAAGGCGGGCUUGCGCUGCAGCCGGGGAGACCCUCCAGCUUGCAGGCAAUGGUCCACCCUCGCUGCCUUGCUCGUCCCCUCUUUCCCCUCCCUGGCUUGGAAGCUUUUGUUCUCUCCAGUUCGGGGCACAAGAGAACUACCUGCCGCCGCCGCCGCUGCCGCUCCUGCCUCCCGACGUCAGGAAAGUUCGAGGAGAAAACCGCCUCGGGUCCGACCUCCUUUGGGUUGCGGCGCCUUCAGUUUGCUUCCUGCAGUCCAAGAGAUUCUUCCUCUCUCAUCCAGGUGAACUUCAAUCCAGCACCAUCUGUAACCUGUUCUGAUGAUUUGUUUAUAUGCAUUUGGAAAGUCAAGUGUAUCAUGUGGUUUCCUGCACUGAUGCUCUAAGAAUUAUGGACCAAAGCACUGCCAUGAAGGGUACAAGUCAACCUUCCUUCUUCUGGAUAUGUCACUAUAAUUUCGCCAAGGGCCCUGAAUCAUGACAUCAUCUUAUUUAUUAAAAUGCCUUGAAUUCACAUUCUCUCUCUGCUGAAGUGAUGGUUUUUCCCGCAACGCUGACACCAGCUCAUCCUGUGUCAUUAAAUGCAACUUUUAUUGUCUAUGAACAUGCCCAUGCCAAUAUUACCACUCCGUUGAUCUUGGUCCAUAAGGGCACAGCUCAGCUACUGAAAUACCAUUUGGGUGCCAUGGUUACUACUGAGAUAGCUCCUUUGACAAUCAAUAGUACACCUGCCCUCCUGUUACAAAGCUUCACAAGCUUGAGUCUACCACUCCAGAUCGUCCUUUCUGCUGCCAUGAUAUUUAUUUUCCUUAUUUCUUUUGUCGGUAAUCUGGUCGUCUGCCUUAUGGUUUAUCAGAAGACUGCGAUGCGAUCUGCCAUUAACAUUCUUCUAGCUAGUUUGGCUUUUGCAGACAUGCUGCUCGCUGUGUUGAACAUGCCUUUUGCUCUGAUAACUAUCAUCACUACCCAGUGGAUUUUUGGUGAUGUCUUCUGCAGAGUCUCUGCCAUGUUCUUCUGGCUGUUUGUCAUCGAAGGAGUUGCCAUACUACUCAUCAUCAGCAUUGAUAGAUUCCUCAUAAUAGUUCAAAGGCAGGACAAGCUGAACCCUUACCGAGCAAAAGUCCUCAUCGCUGCUUCGUGGCUUGUGGCCUUUGUUGUGGCUUUUCCACUCUCUGUGGGGAACCCCAGCCUACAGAUACCUUCCAAAGCACCUCAGUGUGUUUUUGGCUACACAACAAACCCGGGUUACCGCGCCUAUGUAGUAGUGGUGGUUUUGGUCUCAUUUUUCAUUCCAUUCCUCGUAAUGUUAUAUUCUUUUAUGGGCAUCCUCAAUACCGUACGGCACAAUGCGGUUCGUAUCCAUAGUCACCCAGAUAGCAUAUGCCUCAGUCAAGCUAGCAAACUUGGUCUCAUGAGCCUCCAGAGACCCUUUCAAAUGAAUAUUGAUAUGAGCUUUAAAACUCGUGCCUUCACCACCAUAUUGAUUUUGUUCAUUGUCUUCAUCAUUUGCUGGGCCCCCUUCACCACCUACAGCCUUAUUGCCACAUUUAACAACCACUUUUAUCACAAGCACAAUUUUUUUGAGAUAAGCACCUGGCUCCUUUGGCUCUGCUACCUCAAGUCUGCCCUGAACCCACUCAUCUACUACUGGAGAAUCAAGAAAUUUCACGAUGCGUGUUUAGACUUAGUGCCCAAGUACUUCAAGUUUUUGCCACAGCUACCUGGUCAAGCUAGAAGACGUAUCCGACCUAGUGCUGUUUAUGUAUGCGGGGAGCACCGGACAGUAGUGUAAGCCUCGCAGCAAAUGGACAUUUGCUCUUUUCUGAUAUAUGCCUGUUUUAGUGGGGUUUUUUUUUUUAUGGCUUCUUUAGCUGUAAGAUUUACCAUUUUUAGAAUUCACAUUCAGCUUUGAGAAGGAGAUAUUGGUUGAGCUUUUCUACCAGAAUAUAACCAUAGUAUGUUGUUGACCACCUACUAAAGAUGUUCUGUAUACAUGGGGGAAGAAUUGUGUGUAUAGGGCAAAGCUUUCUAUUGCAAUGGCUUUUGCUGCUAAAAGACCAGUUGAAAGGCCAUUUUUCUCUUCCACAGACAGGGUUGCAAAAUGUAAGCUUCAAAGAAUCCCUGAAUCGUUUGCACAGUUAUUCCCUCCAUGCAGGGGUGAAAUCCAGCAGAUUCUGACAGGUUCUGGAGAACCGUUAGCGGAAAUUUUGAGCAGUUUGGAGAACUGGCAAAUACCACCUCUGGCUGGCCCCAGAGUGGGGUGGGAAUGGAGAUUUUUCAAUAUCCUUCCCCCAGGAGUGGGGAGGGAAUGGUGAUUUUGCAGUAUCCUUCCCCUGCCACGCCCACAGAACUGGUAGUAAAAAAAAUUUGGAUUUCACCACUGCCUCCAUGUAUAUGUAACUCUUUAUGGAUUGAAUGCCACUGCCUCCCCGGUUCUGUGGUAGAAAGGAAAACUCAUUUUGGAUGUAGGUCAGGUGAUCUUAAGCACUGCUAACCAUUUCAUUUCAUUGUAGAUGUUGUUAAUGCUGCUAUUUUAUGGUACAUUUAGAUGAAUACUUAAUAGGCUUUUUUUUUUCCAAACAAUGUUGCUGCAUAGAUGAGCCAAAAUAUUUGCAUUUAGUUAAUUAUUUGCAAGAGUUGCAGUGACAUUAAGGGGGAAAAAACACAUUCAUGCACUUUAAACAGAACUGGGUGGAGGGGAGUGAAUGGGGGUGAAGAAAGUUUCGGUGACUUCUAACGUUUUUGUUUCUUGCUGCAAGGUUUUUAAUUCUUCCACCAGUUUUGCAGUGUUUCGGAAUGAUGCUAUAACAUAUUUUGUUCUCAGAUCUAUUUUAUAGUCCUUUUUGAGUUUACUUGAAUGUCAGAAGUAUGUAGUGUAAAUUCAUUUAGACUAAGACACUUAAGUAACACUUGUUACAGUCUAGAGGUAUUAGUGCUUUAAAUUCUUCUAAAGUCAAAAGGAAUUAAACUGAAUUCCAGUUACUUAAAAACACAUGAGAUUUGUCUUUGAUUAUUAUUUCAAUGGGAUGUACAUGAUUAUUCAUAUUCAAUGUCAUGACUUUAGCCCCACGAAAGAAUAACUGAUCCUGCAGUCAUUUGUAAGCAUAUCAUGGAAAUAUGAAUUCCCUUUGAAAGAGCCUUGAUAGUACAGGGGUUUAGUGCACCCUGUUAUUAACACAGCUGCCUGCAAUUUCUGCUGGUUCGAAUCUCUCCAAGGCUCAAGGUUGACUCAGCCUUCCAUCCUUUCUAAGGUAGGUGAAAUGAGGACCCAGUUUGUGGGGGCAAUAAGCUGACUUUGUAUAAAAUAUACAAAAGAAUGAAGGCUAUUGCUUAACGCAUUGUAAGCCGCCCUGAGUCUCCGGAGAAGGGCGGCAUAUAAAUCAAAUUAAAAAAAAAAAAUAUCGAACUCCUACUGCGAACUGUGUUGAAUCAACAUUCGAUUAGAAGAUACAUUUGAAAUUUAGUUAAAUAUAUUUUUUAAUUUAUAAAUUGGACCCGUACAUAGUAUACAAUUCUUUUGACGAAGAAAUUUUUUUGAUUUUCAAAAAAAUUUUUUUUGACUAAACUGGGAAAAUAAAAAUUUCCACAUUUUCUCUCCACAUGCUUACAAAUUGAUAUGUUAUCUUGCUUGAAUUAUGAAAAUGAUUUAUUUUUCCUUUUUCUUCUCCUGUCAAGACAAACUAUAUUAUGAGGUUGCAUGGCCAGCUAUGUUUCUCUUGCAAUAUCCUGAAAUAAUGUUCCCUUUUAAGAAAAGCUGAAAAAAUAAAUACUCAGGAGUAUUUAUCUUAAUCUUUUAAAUACAUUUGACUAAUGUACAUAUAUUAAAACUUGUGUCAGUUCUGUUAUAUGUGCACUUUUCUAAAAACAUCUUGUCAUUCCUUUACAUAAUCAAAAUAACUACUUAUGCUGGAAUAAUUUCUUAAUUUAAAUCCUUUAAAUUUUAAAAAGUUGCAUUAGGGCAGAAUAGGUCAUGGUCAGAAGCAGAUUUGUUGGUUCAUGUGACCUAAUUUUAUAGCACGCUACAUUUAUUUCAUGUCUAAAAGACAUUGCUGUCAGCAACCAAGGAAAGCAUUUCUUGAAUACCUUAAACAUAUGACAAAAUUCCCAGGGUGGAAGGAGUGGGGAUGGGAACACACCAUGGGCCUUACUCUUCACGUUUGUAAUAUUCCCUCUCCUCUCAUACCCAUAAUGUAACCCAGGGCUGUCAAACUUGCGGCCCACAGGCCAGAUGCGUCACGUGCUGGUCACGCCCGGUUUAGCAAAGGGGAAAAAAGUCCUGAUACAACACGUGAUGACACGAAUUUGACACCCCUGAUCUAACUUCUGAGUUAUACAUUAUACAUAGAGAAUUUUGACAUCCUUUAUGCAUAAACUUCCUGGUUUAUAAUUCCAGAUUCAUUUGUGUGGGCAUUAAUUGGGUAGUACUAAACAGGUCAGAUGGCAUGGUCCAGUUGGCCUUAUAACUGUGGACCCUCUUCAUGUAAAUAAAGCAGGCAAGGGAAAUAGUUGCAAGAUGAGAUAAUGCACUGAUAGACAUAAUCAGGAACAACUUCAGAUUAAAUUAUAUUUAGAACUCUGAGCAUUCUUGCGUUUCUGGAAAUUAAAACUGGAAGAGACGAAGAAAAAUAACCCUGCUACUAAUAUUUCAACUGUAUAGAAAUUGGGAUAUGUUUUCUAUAGAGCUGGAAUAAUCAGAACUUUCAUCUGUUUGGCUAUUGUAUCAUGUCAAUUGGCCAUCCCUUUCAUUAUAGGGUUUAUUUUAGAAGUGCUACUUUUAGAGUCCAUCAAUAAAAUUUUCAUACCCAGAGAUGUUUGGAACAGCUUAUUCCUUAAGCUAUGGAAAGAUUCCUAACCUUAAAUGGCAACCUAUGGUACGCUCUACUAUAAAUGAGUACUUCUCUUACCUUAUAGCAAAAUGAAAAAGAUUGGUUAUAAUAGUUAACCAAAUUGUUACUUUGUUUACUAAAAUUCAUUACUAAUUGAUCACAUUGAUCCAAAGCAGUCUGGAUGACAAAGAAACAUUGACACUAUUUCUGAAAAUACAUGAUAUCUCCUUGGACUUUAAACAGCUGUGUAGACCUAAAAGGACAAUGUUAACUUGAAAAUAAAUCCCACUUCAGUAUGUCUCAUUCCCAGGUAAGUGUGCCCAUGGUGCAGCUCUGUGUUUAGUAAACCAGUUCUGGAUUCUUUGGACGAUCAGUCAGAGUUGUGUUACUCACACUUCUGGAUUUAUAUCUAAUGGAAAUAUGCUUAUUGAGAAAAAUCAGCUUCGAUUUUUAACAGCUUGAAAAUGAGGAAAUGUUUGCUCCUAUUAACAUGUCAAAAUCAGAAGAGCCAAGGCAAAAUUUCCAAAUUUCUCACAAUACCUCAUAAUCUAUUUCCUCUGUUGCUUCUAGUCUUCUUCCCACUUUGUCAUUGGAAUGGCCAAAUAUAAAGAAUCCAAGAACUACUGUUGUCAAGAAACACUUAACAGAGAAGGAAGUGUAAUCAUGUUUAAUGUUUACAUUUUAAAUCAUUUCAGCUUACACGAUUAUCGCCAUUGGCUCUUUUAAUAUACUGUUGUUUUAGAACAGUGCCUUUUUGUUUGAUAUUGAUUUUUAUAUCCUCCUAAACUUGAAAAUCCUUCAGUUCAGUUGGUAAUCAGCCUCAUACAUGUGUCCAUAUGCUCUUCUACCAAGAUUACACCCAUGGUUAAAGAAAACACAUUUAGGCAAAUCUUUCAGAAGGCAAACAAUACUUUAAAAUAUAUCUCAAAUGAUUUUAUUAAAACAUUCUAGGUAAAAACAUUCUUUUGUUCCUCCUUUAAAAUAUAUAUUUUUGCUCAAACUCAGAAACGAAAGACAGGGUGCUGAACUAAGAUAUAUUUUUAAAUACAGUAUAUAUAUAUAUAUUUGUAGUUAUUUAAGCAGAUUUGUCAAACAGUCACAUUUGAUAUAAAAAUCUGUUGCUAAAAGGAGUUUCAUGAGAUGUUUUAUACUCUGAAGCGGUGUCUUAUUUUAUGGAAGCAUUUACGGUAUGUUUGUAUACUGAAUAACAGUAGUGUCCUCCCUCUCCCUUCAGUGUGGUAUUUUUAUAAGAUUGUUUUUAAUGAGCUUUAUGUAAGUUGCUAUCAGUUUAGUUCUCUUUCUCUUAUGUCAUUAUGCAACGUUACCCUUGUAAACAAAUGUAUUCAUUUAUUUUUGCCAUAUAAAAACAAAGCACCACAACAUACUGUGGUUGCAAAAGAAAAAGUGAUGACUUCCUUAACUUUUUAUUUCUUUCUACAGAUAUUAUUAGCCAUUGAUGAAAUGUUUCUUUUCUUAAAAACAGACCUCAGUUUUUAAAUUUUCAAGUUAAACUUGAUCUGUAUGUAAUGUAUAUAUAUAUUUCCAUGGAAAUAAUUAGAAUAAACAAUUAUUAAGACAAACUUUUUCUGUAACAGUUUAUAGGGAAAUGGCUAUUGUUAACUAGCUAGACUUAUUCUUGGAACUAUCAAUUAAAAUAUUCUAAAAAUUA